AUGCCUAUUUUUUUUUUUUUGAAUUAUGGGUGUGAGAGGCAGGACUGUUCUGACCAGAGGAUGCUUUUUCAUGUCGUGGGUCGAGGUGACCAAAGUGAGGCGUGGAAAUAUCGCUACUUAUUGGAUAUGGAUGGCCACGCUUACAGCGGGAGAUUUUAUGCCUUUAUGCGUAGCAAGAGCGUUCCGAUCAAGCUGACCUUUUUCCGAGAAUGGCACAAGAACAUCCUCAUCCCAUGGGUUCACUACGUGCCGCUCAACAAGGAUUCAAACGAGGUCGCUGAAUUGUGCGCUUCUUCGAGCAGGAUCCUGCUGGCAAGGAGAUUACUCGAACCAUUGGCGAGGAAGGGCAGUAGUGGGCUGCUAAGACACUCCGGAAUGAUGACAUGGAUGUCUUUAUGUUCCGGCUUAUGUUAG